AUGUUCCAACCUUUCCAAAAUGAAGUUGGCUUGCGGGCACCAACAAGCCUUGAUGCCUGGCCUGCUCAAUCGGAACCAUAUCCCGAUUUUCCGGUGACUUUAUCUUUCGACCAUCUCGAUGGCAGUAAUUCGGUUGCGCCGCCUAAGAACCCUGACCUGGUCGACUUUAUUGCAUCAACACAACCACAACUCAGCCUUGCCACACACCAGGGUCUCUCAUCUUCUCGGAUGGUCCCUCGACAAGCACCGGUGGAGUCGCCAACACAAGACACAGUCGCCCCUGGUCUUCUAAGUCUUGACAGCGGACCUCCUGCUGAAGGGACCGCCAAUUCGCUCAAUACCUUGAAUCCGGCCGAUAACGAGGAAUAUAAACGACUGCUAGGCACCAGCGAGAUACAGAGAAAGACCUCUUCAAGGUGCAGCAGCAAGCACAGAGCUCAAUCUCGGGACGAGAAGCCAUCCUCCAAUCUCCAAGCUCAUAGAAAGACCAGUCGAUCUCCGUCGUCCAGUGACGGCGAAGACUCGGCGAGCGCUCGAGCUAAACACAAUCAUUCCGUGGUCGAACGUAGAUAUCGAGAUAAUCUGAAUGGCAAAAUCACCCAACUUCAUCACACCUUACAAGCAAUUGAAGCCAAUCCACGAUGGCGGAGUUCCAUCUCGCAACAGUCGCAUCCGGCCAGGAGAGUUCGGAAGAGCGACAUUAUGAUGCGAGCUAUACAGUACGUCCACUCGUCGGAACUUGAAAUGCGCCAUAUGACAGACGAGAUUCGUCACCUGCGAGACCGGGUCCAGGGCCUCGAGAAGCUCGUCAAAUGCGAUGACUGCGUUUUGGUCAAAAGUUUACGAGGUCUGAGCGUCAGACAACCUUGCUGA